CCAAGAUGGCGGCCAACGUGGUGCGGCGGGGCGGCUGGGGCUCGGCGCGCAGGUUUGGACUGGUUGCCUACCGCAAGUACAGCAGUGGGGGCGGCUAUCCGAGCAUCCCGCUGACAUCUCCUCUGCCGGGGGCACCCAAUCCCGUCUUUGCCUCCGUCCAUGGCCAGGAGGGCUUUGAAACGAAGGUCACCACCCUGGAGAACGGCCUGCAGGUGGCUUCCCAAAGCAAAUUUGGACAGUUCUGUACCGUUGGGAUCCUUAUAAAUUCAGGAUCAAGAUAUGAAGCGAAAUACACCGGCGGCAUUUCGCACUUUCUGGAAAAGCUGGCUUUUUCUUCUACGGCUCAGUUUGGCAGUAAGGACGAGAUCCUUCUCACCUUGGAAAAGCACGGUGGCAUCUGUGAUUGCCAGGCGUCGAGGGAUACCACGAUGUACGCGGUUUCUGCAGAUGCCCGGGGCCUCGAUACGGUGGUCAGUUUGCUCGCUGAUGUGGUGCUGCAACCCAGAUUAUCAGAUGAGGAGAUUGAGAUGACCCGGAUGGCCGUUCGCUUUGAGCUGGAGGACCUGAACAUGAGGCCUGAUCCGGAGCCGCUGCUCACGGAGAUGAUUCAUGCGGCAGCUUACAGAGAAAACACGGUUGGGCUGAACAGGUUCUGUCCGGUCGACAACGUAGAGAAAAUCGACCGGGACAUGCUCCACGCGUACCUGAGGAAUUACUACACCCCCGAGAGGAUGGUGCUGGCUGGCGUGGGGAUCGAACACGAGCAGCUGGUGGACUGUGCCCGGAAGUUCUUCCUCGGAGCCGAGCCAGUGUGGGGGAGCAAGAAGGCCACCGGGGUGGACAGGUCGGUCGCCCAGUACACGGGAGGGAUCCUCAAGCUUGAAAAGGACAUGUCGGAUGUGAGUUUGGGGCCCACCCCCAUCCCCGAAUUGACCCACAUCAUGAUUGGGCUGGAAAGCUGCUCUUUUCUGGAGGAAGACUUCAUCCCCUUCGCCGUCUUGAACAUGAUGAUGGGAGGCGGCGGCUCUUUUUCGGCCGGAGGACCCGGCAAAGGGAUGUUCACCCGGCUGUAUCUCAACGUCCUCAACCGCCACCACUGGAUGUACAAUGCGACGUCGUACCACCACAGCUACGAGGACACCGGCCUCCUCUGCAUCCAUGCCAGCGCAGACCCCAGGCAGGUUCGAGAAAUGGUGGAAAUAAUCACUCGGGAAUUCAUCUUGAUGGCAGGAGCAGUGGGAGAGGUGGAACUGGAGCGAGCAAAGACCCAGCUGCAGUCCAUGCUGAUGAUGAACCUCGAGUCUCGGCCGGUGAUCUUCGAGGACGUCGGGAGGCAGGUGCUGGCCACGGGCACCAGGAAGCUGCCCCACGAGCUCUGCGUCCUGAUCGGCAAAGUGAGCGCAGAAGACAUCAAGAGGGUGGUGACGAAGAUGCUGAGGAACAAGCCGGCGGUGGCUGCACUGGGGGACUUGGCGGAGCUGCCCAGCUACGAACACAUCCAGGCGGCCCUUUCCAGCAAGGAGGGGCGGCUGCCCCGCGUCUACCGGCUGUUCCGUUAACGCCGCCGCUGCCGUGCCCACCACCGCCCCACGCCCUGAUCUCCUGCCAAGGUUAUGGUU